AUGUUGGGGGGCCCCGAAUGGGGUCAGCGGGAGUCGAGCCCCCCAAGAGAUGCUCCCCUGCCGAGUUUCGGCUUCACACAGGAGCAAGUCGCGUGCGUUUGCGAGGUGUUACAGCAAGCAGGUAACAUCGAGCGACUAGGUCGGUUCCUCUGGUCGCUACCAGCGUGUGAACGACUCCAUGCUCAUGAGUCAGUUCUUAAAGCAAAGGCUAUGGUGGCCUUCCAUAGAGGGAACUUUAAGGAGCUAUAUAGACUGCUGGAGUCACACACCUUUAGUCCUCACAAUCAUCCCAAGUUGCAGAGCUUGUGGCUUAAAGCACACUAUAUGGAGGCGGAGAGGCUACGGGGCAGGCCGCUUGGUGCCGUCGGCAAGUACCGCGUGCGACGCAAGUUUCCGCUGCCCAGGACUAUCUGGGAUGGAGAGGAAACCUCUUACUGUUUUAAAGAAAAAUCCCGGUCAGUGCUUCGUGACUGGUACCUACACAACCCUUACCCCUCGCCUAGAGAGAAGAGAGAGCUAGCAGAGACCACAGGCCUCACCACUGUACAAGUAUCGAAUUGGUUCAAGAAUAGACGACAACGAGACAGGCAAGCAGAACACAAAGACAGCGGAGGUACAGGCGACAAGCAACUGGACUCUUCAACUGAUGACGACAGCGAUGCGCCGGCGCAUGGACCAGCGCCCCACGCCCUGCCUGCGCAUGCGCCGCAGCCCCUCUACCCACUCUACGAGCAUCCUUUAGCACACCUUCAAUACCAUCAUACGUGA